AUGGCAUCAUUAGAGGACCUGUUGGCAGAGCUGACCUGCCCCGUGUGCCUGGAGCUCCUGGCAGAGCCAGUGCUGCUGGAGUGUGGCCACCACUUCUGUCGGGACUGCAUCACCCAGUACUGGGCACCACUAACAGAUGGGCCAUUUUCCUGCCCCCAGUGCCGUGCUGUCUACUUGGAGCCCCGGCUGGCAUCCAGCCAGGCACUGUCCAACCUGGUGAGCAAAGCCCAAGGCUGUCAGCAGGUACCAGUGGGGGAGGUGAAGGACCAGAGCUGCAAGGAGCACAGAGAGCCCAUCAGCCUCUUCUGCCUCAGCCAUGAGUCCCCCAUCUGCCAUGUCUGUGUGGGCACCCCUGGGCAUGCUGGCCACAGCUUCUCAUCCCUUCAGGAUGCUAUGCGCAGCUACAAGGAACAGCUUGAGAAGCAGCUGGAGGCACUGGGCUCCAAAGUGCAUGAACUGCAGGAACAGGAAAGGCUACAAGUGGCUGAGAUUGCCCACCUGUGGGCCUCCAGGACCACUCUGCAACACCGCAUCUCUUCAGAGCUGGCUGAUCUGCGGCAGUUCCUGGCACAGAGGGAAGCUACAUUGCUGCGGGAGCUGCAGGAGGCAGCAGAGGCUGUGCACUGGGAGAUGGAGGCCGCACUGGGCAGUGUGCGAGAGAGACUGCAAGCUGCAUGGGAGGCUCAGCAUGAUGUCCAGGCCCGGCUGGGGGAGCUGGAACCUAGUGUCUUCCUGCAGGGGAUACGGCGUGUUUUGGACAUGCGAGUAUGCCACCCACCCCACUUCAGUCAGCCCCGGGAUAUGCUCUGCACCCUGAAUCCUGCACCCUCCCUGAUCUCUCCCCUGGCCAUUGGCCAGCCAGAUCCCUACCUGUCCACCCUCCCCUGCCCCACCCAGCUGAGAGGCCAUGGCAAGGAGAACACGCCAGCCUCUGUGACCUUGGACCCCCAUACAGCCCAUCCUGCCCUGGUGCUGUCUGAUGACCUGACGAGCGUGCAGCUGGGUGCCCAGAGACGUCUGCUCCCUGACAACCCCGAGCGCUUCAGAGUCUACUGCUUGGUGCUGGGCCAGCCAGCGCUGACUGGGGGACGUCACUAUUGGGAGGUGGAGGUGGGCAACAAGGCUGACUGGGCACUUGGUGUGGCAUGCGAGUCCCUGGCGAGGAAGGGGCAACUGGCAUCCUUGGCCCGUGAGGCCUACUGGGUGCUACGACGCAAUGACAGGGGACAAUACCUGGCUAUGGCCUCAUGCCCACAGCCCCUCACUGUGGAGGCCCCACCUCGCACUGUUGGGGUGUAUGUGGACUAUGAGCGGGGAUGCGUCUCCUUCUACAAUACUGUGGGCAUGGAGCACCUUUACACCCUCUCUGGGGCCUUCAAUGAGCCACUGAGGCCCAUCUUUUACCCAGGCUGUGACAGUGUUCCCCUGCGGCUGCUGCAUCCCACACUGUAG